CUGCAAUAUUAGUGCGUUCUUACACCUUUUGUUAUGUGCAUUUUAUAUUUCAUCUUGAUAAGUUCUAUUAAGUUUAUGAUAAUCCUUUUUGUCUUGCUUUUUGGCACCUUCACUUAUGCUCUGUUCUUAAUGUGGCACCAUCACUCUAGUACGGUUGAUUUUCUCCCCCAUCUUCUUAGGAGUUUUCCUUAGUUCAGUUGUUGCCUUAGAGGGAAGGCCAUAUCAAAUAAAUCAUAAGCUUGAACAGGUGAGGAUUUAUUUUUCCUAUGCUAGAAGAAAAUGUAUAAUUUUAAAUCAUACACUUUCCCAUGCCUUUAUGAGUAUGAUGUUUGUAGGAGUGGUUUUCAGUAGUGCUAGCAAACUGGCAAUUGUGGAUACCAUUUCAGUUCCUUAACUUCCAGUUUGUUCCUCAAAAGUUUCAGGUGUGAUAAAUCCCUCUCUCGGCUAUGUAAUUCUUAAACACCUGAAAGAAGUUGUGACUUGUCUAAAGCAGCCAAUAAAUCCACUUUUGACUUCGCGUGUCACUAUAUUAGGAUAAAUAUCUUCCAUUAACUUGACAAUUCCAUAAAUCCAGUGUUAACUGGAACUUAUCAAAUGUGACAUAGCACUUUUUUAUUCCCAUGAAUAUGUAAUUUUCUUUCGCUUUCUUUGUUUAUUUUAAAUUUGCUUCUUCCCAGGUUCUAGCUGCAGACAUUGCAGCGCUUGCAUGGAAUGUGAUGCUCUCAUUUGAAGCUCAUAAAGAAAUUGUGCUGAAAUAGUGCUACAGGUGAGUCAACAUUUACUUGCACCGAAUUCAGCCACCACUCGGAUGUCUUCUGGUAUGCGGCAACUUCAAGCACAAGGAUGUGCGACCCAUUUGGCCAGUUUUGGUCAGUUCAUAGUUUUAGAUGAAACAAGGUCUAUGUUUGACUGAUGAAGAAGCUGGGACUGCUUCCUGGGAGGGUUCAUCAGCCAUUGGAAGUCUUAUGGAAUAAUCUCGAAGGAAAUCAAGAUUUAACGAUUGAGGGUAGCAUGCCCUUGUAGCUAAAUAAGCAAAUAUCUCACCAAUGCGCUCCAGGAGAACAAGUUGGAUAUCUGCUUGUUAUCAUCCAUUCUUUGUUGGUGUAGUAUGCUUCCUGUUUAUAGUGUACAAGCUUUUUCCUUCUCUAUUUUCUCUUCUUUUAAAUUCUUCCCCUGUCAUUGCUUGCACAACUCUCCUUCUUGGAAUCUUUCUGAGUUAUGGUGAACCGAAUGUUCCUGAGAACAAAAAAGAUCAUAUUAAUAUGACUCAAACGAGUUCGUCGCUGAAGAUUGAGCCAGUUGCAAAUGAUCUUGGGUGCAAGAAUGAGGAAAACUUCAAAGUGGAGGCUCAUCUGGGAGGAAGAAGAGGAAAAGCAACUAAGAGAACGACCAUCAAAACAAUUGCUUCGGGUGAUAGAAGACUUAGUGCAGCUAGCAGAGCUGUUAAGGAAGAUGAGGUCAAUCAAAUGGAUGCGACUUCUGUCGAUUCUAAUUCUUUUGUUGAGGAAGAUCACAGUAAGAGUAACUUCAUUGAAGAAAAAGGAUAUCACAUAGGAAAUCUAGCUGAAGGUUUGCAGAAUGUGAAAGAACAUAUUGGUCGUGUAAUUGCUUUGAGUUUCACAGUUCUCAGUGCAAAAGCAAAUAGAACUAAAUUGGACCCUUCUGAUCCAUGUUUGGAUUCACAAUGGCAUGACGACCACCGGGAUGAUUCUUCAGAUUCCAAAUCUAACGGGAAAGAGAUGUCUAACUCUCAUGCGACAAAUGGUGUCUCUGUUCUUGAUGAACUUGAUCUGCUUUUAGACUCUGAAACUUCUCAAGCUGACCUGGUUUCCAAGGACAAUGCUGAUGAUGGUUCUGUAUCAUUCUCACAGAACCAUGUAUCGGAAGAUGGCAGCGGGGAGGAGGAAGCAGAAACUCAGGAUGACGAUGAUGAUGAAGAGGCACAGGAGGAGACAGAUGAUGGAAAUAAAGCUGCUGUAACAUGGACUGCAGAUGAUCAGAGGACUCUCAUGGAGCUGGGUAACACUGAACUCGAAAGGAAUCUUCGGUUAGAGAUUUUAAUUGCCAAACGAAAAGCUAGCAAGGCAAUGGAAAAAAAUCUAAUAGACUUGGAUGAUAAUAUGGAUGAGAUAUUGCAAUCUCACGGUCAUCUUCCAUCAGUUAAUGCACCAAGAAGGAACCCGUUCGAUCUCCCUGAUGUUUUAGAUGAAUCUGUUCCAGGUUCAGCUCCUUCUGUUCUCCUACCAAGACGAAAUCCAUUUGAUCUUCCUUACGAGCAGGUGGAUGAUGAGGAGAAUUCGAGCCAUAAAGAAUUUGUUGCAGUUCCACAACAUGAUAUACCGUUGAGAAGGCAUGAAAGCUUCACCGUUGGUGCUUCAUUCUUUAGUGACUUCAAUCAAGAGAAACGUUCUUCAAGGUUUAUGCCUUAUUUUGGUGCAGAGGAGAUGGAUUUUGCUGAUCCACAGAGAAAAUUAAGAGAAAUUAGUGAUUCAAAUGUGAAAUCUACUUUAAAAUCUGAUACAGUUUCUUCGGUUACCGAUCAAGAACAUCCAAAAGACUUGCAUCGAUUGACUGGAUCUCCCAUUACGAAUAGUGCAGGAUCUGCUGAAAAUGACAGUCAAGUAGAGAGUCAGAUGAAGAUGAAUGAUGAUCAUACAAAUAAUUUGAAUCAUAGCAUAAUGAUGGAACAAACUCAUCAAGCCACUGAAAAUAUUGGAGCUGUCGAAUAUAACACCAAGGAAGGGUCAGAAUCAAGGUCACCCAUUUCAUAUGCUGUGAGGUCUGAAGUGACCAAGGAGGAUUGCGAGUCGAGCUCCACUUCUUCAUCGGAAGCAGAAAAGAAUACCUCCAGAAUAAGCACUCACGAACAAAUAUCUAACCAGGAACAAAUAACUAGUGGUUCCUCGAAGGACUCCAUGGUUUCAGCUAAAUCAGUUGCUACAGAUUCUGACACCGGGAAUGUGAAAGCAGAUCAUGUUCAUGAUGGUCAUGUUGUGGAACCUCUUUAUGAUUCUAGUCCAACACAAACGGAGAAGUCACACUCAAAUUCUGCACUUGAUGAGGCUCCCUACAUUGCAGCAGAAAGAAAUGUUCCACCAAGUAGUGAUGCACCAUCUGCCAAUGGAUUUAUCUGGUUUGCAUCUCCGAGUCUAGCAUCAGUAGACGAGAAUGAAGCAGCAUCAAGGGAGAUAUCAGUAAUCAAGGAGCUUGAUGUUAUCGGAGAUGAAGCCAGAGUUCGGAAAGACUCUGGUCGUCCACUUUGGCGUAUUUUGCCAUCGCCAGCAGCCAGGAAGAGAACGCUUCACUCAAGCUUGUCUGCCGUGGAGAUUCAAUCAAAUGAAGGUAGUUAAAAACUUGAAACCAACAAGAGAGUAUCUGCAAAUAAAUUCAUCUUAUUCAACUUCAUGUCAUGCAAAUAUAGAAGAUUAGAACGACCAUAUGUGCUUUCAAAAAGUCAACUGUCAUUUUCUUGUUGAUUUCGUUAAAUCUCAAGGCAAUUGUAAAUUUGUAUCAUUUUUUUUCUUGGUUA